ACACACACACACAGAGUCAGACGGACCCACAGAGACACAGAGGAGACAGCGUCUGCUGGAUCUGGUUCCUAGGUUCUGAUUGCAGGUCUGGAUCAUGGUGGAAACGACGUGGAAACCCGCUGCACUGGUGCUGAUGCUGGUGCUGCCCGGCUGCCUCACUGACCACGUUUUCCUCAACAGCCAGCGAGCGGCGCAGGUUCUGGUGCGGAGUCGACGAGCAAACUCGCUGUUCGAGGAAGUGAAACCAGGGAACCUGGAGCGGGAGUGUGUGGAGGAGGUGUGUGACCACGAGGAGGCGCGGGAGGUGUUCGAACAGUCGGACAGAACGGAAACAUUCUGGGUCAAGUAUCUGGACUGUAAAGGAACUCAAAUGACGAGAACACAAGACAACAUCAACGUCAUCAGACAGUGUAUCGAAGGUGAGUGUGUUGUGGGCUCUGGAGUGAACUAUGAAGGAAACAUCAACAUUACAUCAUCAGGACGACAGUGUCAGAGCUGGAGACACAACUUCCCACAUCCCAUCAUGAGGGAGUAUAACGUGUCGGAGAUGGACAUUCUUAAAGAGAACUUCUGUCGUAACCCUGACAACCGUCCUGAAGGACCGUGGUGUUUCACUCGCGACGCGACCGUCCAGAAAGAGCUCUGCCGCGUCCCUGUGUGUGGUGAAGCUUUUGUCCCGCCCACUCUGGCCCCUGAACCAGUCCAAUCCCAGGACUGCUUUCCGAACUAUGGUCUUGACUACGUGGGCGACCUGGCGGUGACUCUGGGGGGACACACCUGUCUACACUGGUCAUCGCUGAAGGUGAAGGCUCUCAGCCAGAGCAAGGACUUCCUCCCUGAGGUCAACCUGCAGGGAAACAAGUGUCGUAACCCUGACAACGACCCCGAGGGCCCCUGGUGCUAUGUGGAGGUUUCUGGAAACAUCACAGUCGAUUUCUGUGACCUGAACAUCUGCGAGGACCAGCUGCUGGGGGAGGACCAGGCGGUGGAGACCGAUAGGGAGCGCUCGGUCCUUGGGCCACACCGGAAAACCUUCUUUCAGGUUAGCAGCUUUGGAAAAGGAGAGAGCGAGUGUGGACAGCGCCCCCUGUUUGAGAAGAUGAACAAAAAGGACUCGAAGGAGGACGAGCUGCUGGAGUCGUACCGAGAGCAGCGAAUCGUCGGCGGCGACAACGCAGAGGAGGCCUCGGCACCAUGGCAGGUGAUGCUGUACAAGCGCACGCCGCAGGAGCUUCUGUGUGGAGCCAGUCUGAUCAGUGACCAGUGGAUCCUCACCGCAGCUCACUGCAUCCUCUACCCGCCCUGGAACAAGAACUUCACCAUUGACGACAUCCUGGUCCGCCUGGGGAAACACCACCGUGCCAAGUUCGAGCGUGGCACCGAGAAGAUCGUGGCCAUCGAUGAGAUCAUCGUGCAUCCAAAGUACAACUGGAAGGAGAACCUGAACCGCGACAUCGCCUUGCUGCACAUGAGGCGACCGAUCACGUUCUCCGACGAGAUCUUCCCCAUCUGUCUGCCCAGCAAGAAGGUCGCCAGAGCUCUGAUGAGCAAGGGUUUUAAGGGUCGGGUGAGCGGCUGGGGGAACCUGAAGGAGACCUGGAACCCAGCGGCGAGGAACUUACCUACAGUCCUUCAGCAAAUCCACCUCCCGAUCGUGGAGCAGCACACGUGUCGCAGAUCCACAUCCGUCAGGAUCACAGACAACAUGUUCUGUGCUGGUUACAGACCAGAGGACAGUCUGCGUGGAGACGCCUGCGAGGGAGACAGCGGGGGACCGUUUGUGAUGAAGUACCCGGCAGAGAACCGGUGGUACCAGAUUGGCAUCGUGUCUUGGGGCGAAGGCUGCGACCGCGACGGGAAGUACGGCUUCUACACGCACGUGUUCAGGAUGACCCGCUGGAUGAAGAAAGUGAUCGCGAAGUCGGGGAAGGACGACGACGGCGACGACUGAAGACCGCUAUAAUCGUGUUCACUUCCUGUUCUUACUACGCAAAUAAAGCUCACUUCCUGUCUA